AAUGACAGCUGCGAGAGAGGACACAUUUUCCAAAGUCAGCGCCGAAUGUGGUACAGAUACACCUGUAAGAGAUGACGAGAACAAGCUGAUGAUGUUAAAAGGUGGCGCUUUUCUCACCGCGGUGGGGGGCGCUGGUGUGAUCGCCGGGUUCGGCACCACCUUGGCGAUGGCCAAGAAGAAAAGUCCGGACUGGUUUAAUAAGGGUGUGGUGGCCACAGCGGCGGUGCCAGAGAGCGGGGCGUCCCUCGCCAUGCGGGCCCUGGGAUGGGGCUCUCUCUACGCCUGGUGCGGGGUCGGCCUGCUCAGUUUCACCAUCUGGAAAGCUCUGGGGGUCCACAGUCUAACGGAGUUUCGACAGAAGAUGCAGUCCAUCUUCCCAGCAAUCCCGAAAAACCAGGAGGCGCAAGCCAGCAACGAGCCCAUCAGCUGGGAGUCACUCUUCCAGUCCAAAUGAGUGGGUGUCGGCCCCCUCAGCAGCUCUGGGGGCUGGGCCUGUCGGUGUGGAGAGGUGGAAGGUGGGAGGUUAGAGUGGAACAUCAGUGACUGUGGCUGAUUGGACCGAGGCGGCCUGCCUGGGGAGCUGGAGCCCCCUGCUGACAGGACAGCGCCCUCUAGCUGCCCUACUCAGAAGCUCGGCUGGUGGUUGUCACUCCUGUCAGUGGGUGUUUAGUUUGAGCGGUCAAACUCAAGACACUUCAGGCAAACCGCCUGUUGAAAUGACACGUUUCACGCUGGGGCCAAUCGCA